UUCACCAAAACUGGAAUGCAACAAUACCUUUACGUCGGAUCACUUCUGCGCUCGUCGAUUACACAGUCUAGUCAAAAAGUUGAGGACACAAUGAAAAUCAUCGCUGUUUUCUUCACUGUGAUCUGCGUGUUAGUUUUGGGUAUUCUUUGUCAAUUAUCAACAUAUCAAUCACGAUAUCGCCCAGACUGCGAAUAUAAACAAUGCAUGAAGCCUAUUAGAAACCAUGGCAACUGUCCUCGAUGGGGGUCCUGCCAAUGGUACUGUCAAGCAAAGCUUGCUAACUGCACAGUUGGAACCAGAUAUCACUGUGCUCGAGACCUGCGUAACCUGGAACAGUUCACAAAUGCUUGCGCUGUAGAAAUAUUUUGUUUGUCAGGCGAAGAACCUUAUUUAUCAGUUACAGAAUCAACAGGUAAAGCAUCUGUGAAUUGUCGGCCAUGUUACAAGAAAAACGUGUACAACAGUCGCCUCAACACUUCAUCGGCCACGUUCAGUGAAUGUAACAUGUUGAAGAAAAACCUUUGUAAAAAGCAGGACAACAAGAUAGACUGUGGAAAUCAAAAUUAUACGGAACUGACGAUGACCGACGGUUAUUGUCGAUGUGAUGCAAGGAAUGGGUAUGCUGCGCGGUCACAAAAAAUGUGUUUUUAUGAAUAUGAAGUCUGCUUCGUGAAGAAAUGUCCAGAAGGCAUGGAGCUGUUAUUAAAUUACACAUGUGGUAUGCUAUGCCCUACUGGAUACACGAGACAACCAGAAUCAGAUAUAUGUACAGAGGUGUCAUUAACACGACCCUUUAGCUCCGACAGACCUGAACUUAAUUUAACCGACGUACAAACAACUUCUAUAAGAACAUCAGAUGCACCAUCAACAAAUGAGCAACUGUAUAAGCAGAUCAUCAUACCGAUUUGUCUGUCUGUAUUUGUGAUCAUAAUACUAUUCAGAAGGCAGUUAAAAGCCGCAAUUACUAUGGAUAGAGCCAGUGGUGAACAACUAGCCGUGACUGCCGAAACUGAACCCCGCGACAUCUCUGAAAAGGGGCCGAUUCUUACGCCAGAAAACCUGAAUCGUGAGUCAACAGUCAUAAUUGAAGGAUCUGAAUCGCAGAUUACAAACGACAAUGGAAAAGAGACAGCAAACUGCGAGAAUACAUGUCCAGCAAAUGCAACGGCGUCUCCCGAUGUUCCCAUGGAUAGAGACAAUGGUGCACAUCUAACCGUGGCGGCCGUAACUGAACCUCGCGACAUCCCUGUGCGUACUAAACCUUCACGUGACAUCUCUACCGCAGAAUCGGACAGCGAAGGUUUGCUUGGGCAGGUGAGUAAACGGAUAUAAUUGUUAAAGCUUUUCGUACACGUAUUGGGUCAUCUUGCUAGUUGACCUCUAAAGAGUUAUAAUUGUUAUGAGUCUUCCUCUCAUACUGCAACUUUCAUGGUUGUCGUUUAAUCAUCAAAUUUUCGAACUCGUCACUUUCUUAACGUUCAACGCUGGUGUACCAUGAUUGCUAUUAAAUACCCAUAUUACAUUUAACGUGGUGAUAAUCCAGUGUCAUUUGUAGAUUUUACAUUUAUUAACAAGACACA